AUGAUAUUCAGUGACUGCAAGGUUUUCAGAGAAGCUAUUCGUGAAUAUUUCUUGUUGAGUAGGAAAGAGGUCACUUUCACCAGGAAUGAAAAGUAUAAGCUGAAGGCAGUUUGUAAAGCAUUGAAAACACACAAGCCAGAGAAGUUCCUGCCUAGGAUUCAGUCAAAUCCCACCAUACCUCCACAGUCUAUAGUGAAUGCAGCAUCUUCUGAGUUUAAAGUAGGUAUAUCUAGAAUGAUUGAAGGAUCAGUUGCUGAGCAAUAUACCAUGCUCUGGGAUUAUUGCCAUGAGCUAGAAGACAAAAACCUUGGCUCCACAACAAAGAUGCAGUGUGAGUUUGUCGAUGGUGAAACUGUUUUCAAGCGUUUGUACAUUUGUUUAGAACAAUUAAUGAGAGGGUUUAAGAUGAACUGUAGGCUUUUUAUUGGGUUAGAUGCCUGCCAUUUAAAAGGGGUUUAUGGUGGACAGUUGCUUACAGCAGUUAGGAUCAAUCCCAAUAACGAGACUUGGGUGCUAGCAUAUGCUGUGGUUGAGAUGGAAACAAGGGAGUCAUGGACAUGCUUCAUUGAUCUAUUGGCCAAGGAUGUGGACAUUGUUAAUUCUCAUGGAUGGGCCUUUAUAUCUAACAAGCAAAAAGGACUGCCUGGUGCAUUUGAAGACAUUGUGCCUAAUGCUGAGACAAGAUUUUGUGUGAGGCACCUUUGGGAUAACUUCAACAAAACGUAUAAAGGUAAAGUAUUGAGGGAUCAGUUAUGGACAUGUGCUAGAGCUACCAAUGUGCCUUGUUUUAAGUAUCAAAUGGAAAAUAACUUGUGUGAAAGCUUCAACAAUAGUAUCAAGACAGCAAGGGACAUGCCAAUUAUCACAAUGCUAGAGAUGAUCAGGUGCUUGUUGAUGAGAAGGAUCCAGUGGAGAAGGGACAAGAUGAGCAAUUGGCCUCAUCAAAUAUGCAAGAACAUUUUUGACCAUGUGCAACAGAAAAAGUUAGAAGUAUGUAAUUGUACUGUGCAGUGGUCUGGUGGUCCUAAAUAUCAAGUGUAUGCAGGAAGAGGUGACCAAUAUGUGGUGGAUUUGGAUAAUCACACUUGUUCUUGCAGAAAGUGGGACUUGUUAGGCAUUCCUUGUGCUCAUGGAAUUGCUGCCAUACAUUACAAAAGAGGUAAAGCUGUGGAGGAUUAUGUGCAUUCAUACUAUAGCAAGGACAGUUACAUGGCCCUCUAUAACAAUCUCAUUAUGCCAAUUAAUGGAUCACAGCUAUGGGAGAAGACCAACCAGACAGCAAUAAAGCCACCAGCCUACACUAGACAACCUGGAAGACCUAGAAAGCUGAGGAUAAAAGGAGCUGAAGAGAGAAUAAAUAAGACUGGGAAAAAAUGGUUGGGAAGACAAGGAAUGCAAAUGAGGUGUAGUAUUUGUGGCUCAACUGGCCAUAACAAAACCACUCACCAUCGGAAUCUACCUCAAAAGGAAAAACCCCUUUCAAGGGGUAAAGGAAGACCAAGAAAAAUAUCUAACCAAGACCUUGCAAUUGCUGCUGAUGAAGCAAAAGUAGCUGCAAGAGUUAGGAGAAAGCUUGCAUAUGCAAGGGCAAAGGCUGCGGCUGCUGCAAAGAAGGCUGCACUAAAUGCUUCCCAGCCAAAUGCAGCUGAAACUGCUUGA